GCAUUUGUUCCUAUUGAAAUAUUGGAGAAGACAUGAUACAGUUUCCCGCUCUCUUCUCUUGUCGCUGCGGUGUUUGGCAAGAACGACUGUUCGACUGUUGCGAGAACGCACAUGAACGCCACUUGUGGCCUCGCCUCGCCUUCCUCGAGUUUACGAAUCUGUAACAAAUUCCUCAAAGACAGCUUGAAUUGGCUGCUAAGUUGAGGUCGAUUCACCUCAAAUUGGAAUAUUUUGGAGCUCGUCCAUAGGCAAUGGAUCCUUACCAGGACACAUUGCGUGUCCUGGUUGCCACCGACACACAUCUGGGCUAUAUGGAAAAAGAUGAAGUGCGGGGACUAGAUUCCUUCAAUGCCUUUGAUGAGGUCUGUGCGAUUGCUGCUGAAAAGGAGGUGGACUUCUUGCUGUUGGGAGGAGACUUGUUCCAUGAAAACAAGCCAUCACGCACAACUCUUGUAAGGACUAUAGAUAUUCUUCGCCGUUAUUGUCUCAACAAGCGACCUGUAAAAUUUAAAGUUGUCAGCGAUCAGGCAGUGAAUUUCCCUGGCAGAUUCGGACAUGUCAACUUCGAAGAUCCAUACUUUGAUGUGGGUUUACCAGUAUUUAGUAUCCACGGAAACCAUGAUGAUCCAGCUGGUGUGGAUAAUCUUUCUGCCGUUGACAUUCUUUCUUCCUGCAACCUUGUAAAUUAUUUCGGUAAGGUGGUGCUUGGCGGACAAGGCGUUGGGCAAAUCACACUGAACCCCAUUCUUAUUCGAAAGGGCUCUACCAACGUGGCUUUGUAUGGACUUGGAAAUAUUCGAGAUGAGCGUCUCAACCGCAUGUUUCAGACUCCGCAUGCGGUACAGUGGGUUCGCCCAGAGGCCGAGGAAGAUUGUGCAGUUUCAGACUGGUUCAACAUUUUCGUCAUUCACCAAAACCGGGUCAAAUCUAAUCCCAAGAAUGCGAUCAAUGAGCAUUAUCUUGCUCGCUUUCUCGACUUCGUCAUAUGGGGACAUGAACACGAGUGCCUCGUAGAUCCACAGGAGGUACCAGGAAUGGGGUUCCAUGUGACUCAACCAGGGUCAUCUGUAGCAACUUCACUAAUCGAAGGUGAAGCUGCACCCAAGCAUGUUCUUCUAUUGGAGGUCAAGGGGAACCAGUACCGUCCAACAAAGAUUCCUCUGCAUUCAGUGAGGCCCUUCCUGUUCAAAGAUAUAUCCUUUAAAGACGAGCCGGACCUUGAUGCUAAUGAUCAAAACGCUGUUCUGGAGUUUCUAGGUCAACAAGUACAAGACUUGAUUUCCCAAGUUCAGAAGAAGCCAGACAAAAGUCCAGAAUCUCAGGUUCCUCUGGUGCGACUUAGGGUAGACUACACAGGAUUCACGACAAUAAACCCCCAACGAUUUGGUCAGAAGUUUGUGGGCAAGGUUGCGAAUCCCAACGACAUUCUUUUAUUUACAAAAGCUUCUAAGGCUAGAAGGGCGAAGCAAGAAGAAGGAGAAGAAGAUGAAGCAUUAGGACCUGAAGAACUGAAUCAGCAGAACAUUGAGGCCCUAGUUGCAGAGUGCAAUCUCAAAAUGGAAAUCUUGCCCGUAACCGAGUUGGGGGAGGCGCUCCAUGCUUUUGUCAACAAGGAUGAUAAACAAGCGUUUCAUCUAUGCGUGCAGCACAAUUUGGAUGAGACACGGAACAAGCUUGCCAAGGAAGAUGCGGAUGAAAUGAAGGAAGAGAAGGAUGUAAUAGAGAAAGUUACGAUGCACAUGCAGCAACGAGAAGCCGAGGCUAUUUCCAAACGGGGAGCUGGACCAUCUGGAUUAUCUACUCAGCUUGAUCAGACGAACCAAGGCGGAAGCAAAUAUAAAGCGAAGGUUGAACCUAAAUCAAGUGGUUUGCAAGACUUUAGCGAUGAUGAAGAAGUUAUUGGUUUAGUCCCUUCACGAGGAAAACAACCCCUGAAGACCACCGGAAGAGGGAGAGGUAGCACGAGAAAAUCUGUCGAACCUUCGGGAAGAGGCACUGCAGCUCGUGGCAGAGGUUCUCGUGGAGGAAAGUUGAAGCAAACUACUCUUGCAGAUAUGAUGGGUGGAGGCUCAACCCAGGUUCGAAGUUCCACAAGAAUUGGUGCCAGCUCAGGCUCAGCUUCAGCAGUGGUGCAAAUUCUGGACAGUGACGAGGAAGAAGCUGUACCUGCUGCAAGCGAUGAUGAAGACGAUCCAGAUGAGGUGCCUGAAGAGGAAGGCAGUGAUUCAGACCCAGGACAAACUCCUGCAAGAGGCCGGAAAAGAGCUCUCCCGCGGGGACGAGGAAGAGGAGCUAAAACACAAGAACCUCGUGCAAAGAGAGGACGUAAGUCUAGUCAACUGUCCAGUACUCCUUCUCACACGAACUAUAUCGAAGAUGAUUUAGAAGACGACGACGAUGAUAAGCCAGCACCUCGGGGAAGGGGUGGCACAUCUACUACUGCGGCAACCCGCAGGAGCUGGGGAUCUCUAAGAAGAUAAGGAUUGCAGUUGUACAGUCUCAAAGUAGUAGAUCGCUGUAUAGGGAUAUUUGGCUUGACUGUGUAGAAAGAACAGGCCAUAGCCUCUCCUGGAGAAGUACACACAAUUUUUACUCGUCGAGGGCCUAAUUGAACUGAGUCCUGUAGAGGGUACAAAAAGUGGGGCCCCAGAAGACGUAAAAGUUUUAAGUAAUUUUGAUUGCGAAUGUAGAUUAUUCCAUUCAAGAAUAUUCUGAAGUGAAAGGCUACGUGUAUGCGUCGCGAACUAUGGUAUGACGUAGACAAUUGAAAGAGUUUCUAGCACAGUAGAAGGUAUAGACAGGUAACAUACAAAAAUCCGCGUAGAUAGUCCUUGCCUGUCUUCAUUUUGGCAUCAUGUGCUGCAUUGAUAUACAAAUGCCAUACAGACUUCAUUAUGGGAAAGAAAUGUCGCAAAAAAAUCGAGCAGAGAGCGUACAUGAGGGAAUAAGGAAAACCGCAGUAAAGUCGAAGCCUCAGAGGAAACUUUUCCUGAGGCCUCGACUUAAGAGCGACUUGUCCUCGAUGAUUGACACUGUGGCCCUCUGUUGUAGGAACUUGUCACUGCUCACUUGAACAUAUCG